AUGCCACCUUCUCCUUCAGAAAAUCGAACCAAAUGGAGGAAGAGGAAGCGAGAUUCACAAAUCACCAGACGUCAACAGAAGCACGACGAGGAAGACGACGACGACGACGAAAACCCCAAUGCCGACGAAUACGACUACGAUUCAGAGGAUCAACACAACCAAAAUUCUCACCCUCAACAAGAGAUUGAGAUUCUUUCCGAUCAAGGUGUUCAGAUUUCGCAGUUUCCGGUUGUCAUUAAGCGUGCUGUUAAUCGUCCUCACUCAUCUGUAACUGCAAUCGUUGCUCUUGAACGAGCUAUGGAGUUGGGAUUGGGAGAUACCAAAGGUCAGCUCCAGAACGCUCCGUUUUUGGAGAAUGUUUCCCAUGGUCAGCUUCAAGCGCUAUCCACUGUUCCUUCUGAUAGCCUUGCUUUGGAUCAGGAUCGUGCUGAUUCGUCUUAUGUUAUUACUCCGCCGCCCAUUUUGGAAGGUCGUGGUGUUGUUAAGCGGUUUGGAAGUAGGGUUCUUGUGCUUCCAAUGCAUUCAGAUUGGUUUUCUCCUGGAACAGUGCAUCGAUUAGAGAGACAAGCAGUGCCUCAUUUCUUUUCAGGGAAAUCACAGGAUCUUACUCCUGAAAAGUACAUGGAAUGCAGGAACUAUAUUGUUGCACUAUAUAUGGAGGAGCCCAAGAAGAGGAUUACUGCUUCUGAUUGUCAGGGAUUGCAGGUUGGGGUUGAUCAGGAGGAUUUGUCUCGAAUUGUUCGGUUCCUUGACCACUGGGGGAUUAUCAAUUACUGUGCCCGGAUGCCAAGUCACGAGCCUCCAAAUGCUGCCUCGUGUCUGAAAGAGGAUACUAGUGGAGAAGUCCGUGUGCCAUCAGAGGCCUUGAAGUCUAUAGAUAGUUUGAUCAAAUUUGAUAAGCCCAACUGUAAGCUCAAAGCAGAAGAAGUUUAUUCACCAUUGACAACACAUAGCACUGAUGUUUCUGAUUUGGACGGCAGAAUAAGAGAGCAUCUGUCUGAAAAUCAUUGCAAUUAUUGUUCUUGUCCACUUCCUGCUGUAUCAUAUCAGUCUCAAAAAGAGAUUGAUAUUUUACUCUGCACUGAUUGCUUCCAUGAUGGGAAAUUUGUUGUUGGUCAUUCAAGUAUAGAUUUUAUAAGGGUGGAUUCAACAAGAGAUUACGGUGAACUAGAUGGGGAAAGUUGGACUGAUCAAGAAACUUUGUUGCUGCUUGAAGCAAUGGAGAUUUACAAUGAGAAUUGGAAUGAAAUUGCCGAGCAUGUUGGUACCAAGUCAAAAGCACAAUGUAUUCUUCAUUUUCUUCGUAUGCCCAUGGAAGAUGGGAAAUUGGAAAAUAUCAAUGUUCCAAGCAUGUCUUUGUCAUCCAGUGCGAUGAAUAGAGAUGAUAAUGGAAGAUCGCAUCAUUACUCGAAUGGAGAUUCUGCAGGACCUGCCCAUCAAAUCAGAGAUUCUGACAACCGCCUGCCUUUUGCUAAUUCUGGAAAUCCUGUUAUGGCUCUGGUUGCCUUUUUAGCCUCUGCGGUUGGACCAAGAGUAGCGGCCUCAUGUGCUCAUGCAGCAUUAUCAGUGUUGUCAGGGGAUAAUACUGGCUCCCAGACGGAGGCAUCAGGGCAUGAUAAUAGGACAAAUCCAGAAAACAUGCAUUGUAGGGAUGGUGGCUCUCGAGGAGAAGCUGCAAUUUCAAAUAAUCAUAAUGAGGAAAAGGCAAAAGCAAUUAGUUCGCGGGAUCAAAAUGAGGGUAGGACCACCCCACUCUCUGCUGAAAAAGUUAAUGAAGCAGCUAAAGCAGGCCUCUCUGCUGCAGCAAUGAAAGCUAAAUUGUUUGCCGAUCACGAAGAACGAGAAAUUCAGAGAUUAUGUGCUAAUAUAAUUAAUCAUCAGUUGAAAAGAUUGGAAUUGAAGCUGAAACAGUUUGCAGAAAUCGAAACAUUGUUGAUGAAGGAAUGCGAACAAGUGGAAAGGGCAAAACAGAGGUUUGCUGCUGAACGCACCCGUGUUAUAUCAGCACGUUUUGGAACUGCAGGAACUACGCCUGCAAUGAAUGCAUCUGGUGUUGGUCCUUCAAUGGUUAGUAAUGGCAUUAAUAGGCAACAAAUGAUCUCUGCUUCUACCUCGCAGCCCAGCAUCUCAGGGUACGGCAACAACCAACCAGUUCAUCCACACAUGUCCUUUGCCCAAAGACCUUCAAUGUUUGGGUUGGGGCAAAGGUUGCCCCUAUCUAUGAUACAACAAUCACAAUCAACUUCUUCAGGUGCCAUGUUCAAUGCCCCUAGUAAUGUGCAGCCCGGUACCAAUCAUCCAUUGUUGAGGCCUGUGUCAGGAACUAGUUCUGGUUUAGGAUAA